AUGGUGUCGUUAUUUGACCAAUUAUGUAUGGCAUGCCGUAUCGGUGAUGUCGAUAGCGUCGAUAAACUCUUACUGACAGGUGUUAACGUCAAUGACGUUGAUGAGUUCGACUAUACUCCCCUGUACCUGGCUUCGCUGUGUGGACAUGAACCUGUUGUGAGACUGUUGCUACAGAGAGGUGCUGUGUGUGAUACUGAUAAAUACGAAGGUGUUCGCUGUGUCUACGGUGCGCUUACUGACUCUAUUAGAAACCUGUUGAUAUCGUUUGACAUCUCAAAGGCCACGGAUACAACGUUACCCUUUGCAUCGCACCUUCGUUCUCUCUUGGAGUCUGAUGAGCCCCUGACGAAGGACAUUGUACUAGACGUUGGUGGAACUGAAUCUCUUAGACUCCACAGGUUUAUGCUCAGUGCAAGAAGCCAGUACUUUAGAGAGAAGCUGCUGACCAAAUGGAAGGACAAGAACGUGAUCCAUUUAAUGGCAGAUUGUGACGAAGAAGCCUUUAAACUCGUUAUCGGCUACCUCUACCUGGCACAUGACCCUUUCAAAUUCAGAAGGGGAGACCAGAAGCUGGUGCUACGAUAUGCUAGAAAAGUGCAAUUGACACAACUGGUUGAGAACUUACAGAACAAUAACUACAUAGUUGACCCAAAGAACUUUGCCAGGCUGAUGAAAGAGUUACAGCUGUCGUUGUUGGAGUCUGCGAGAUUGGAUUUCAAGCACUUUGUUGAAUCAAGCAUCAUUGCUAACAAGAUUGAAACCAUACAAUCUGACAUUUCAGAUGACCAAGUUGAACAAUUACAGUCAUGUUCAGCAUUCCCAGAUCUGAUCUUUUACGUUACAGAUUCAGAAACAGCAACGUCCACCUAUUAUCCAGUGCAUCGUUCUGUGUUAAUUCGUGAUGAAUACUUCAAAGUUAUGUUCUCGUCUUCAUUUUCUGAAGCACAGGACUAUUCUAUCUUGGAAGAUUUACAAAUAGUUGAUAGAUCGACACGAUUGAGCAUCCAGCAUUUCCCGGUCCCAAACCAUUACAUUGCGGAGAUCGUGUUGAGAUUUCUAUACUAUGAUCAUACCGAUAUACCAUUGGACCAUGCCGUUGAUGUACUCUUUGCCGGGGACCUCUUAUUGAAUGAUAGACUGAAGACGAUGGCAGCCGUUGCUAUAACUUCAUCUCCAGCUCUGCCCGAUGGGUACGAUCUCUAUGACAUCUUGAGAGCCUCUUGGGAAACCAGAGUUGAACGUUUGGAACACUUUGUCGCUAAGAAGAUCGCUUCUAAUUUAGACGAGUUCAUAGAGGAUCCAGAAUUCCACGACAUUGUUUCAGAGAGUGCACAGAGGAUCACAAUACGUCAAGAGACUGAUACCAUUGAACUGAUUGAUGAUAUCAGAUUCUAUUUGGCAAAGAAGUGGAACAUUGAUUUUGACGGACUAUUCGAAGGGCAAAAGAACGAUUUAGUUGACCAAUUGCCAGGCUACUCCAAUUAUGAAAUGGACAUGGCAAAGAUCGAAGCACUUCUAUCAGAAUUACAAUUAGAUGCAUGA